ACCCCUCAACCCCCAUUGCUUUCUAGCCCCAGAUCCCCAAUCCCCAAGACCCCAACGCCUCACGCACCCCUCAACCCUACCGCAGCUGCGCAGGCACACGACCUCCGUGUGCAGCGCAUCGCCGCCAUGACGGGUCCCUUACACUCCAGCUCCGGCCACAACGCCGCCGCCGGCGGCGGGGGCAAGACCAUCGAGGAAAUGUACCAGAAGAAGACGCAGCUGGAGCACAUCCUGCUGCGCCCUGACACCUACAUUGGCUCGGUGGAGAAGCAUACCCAGACGCUCUGGGUCUACGAGGACGGCGCCAUGGUGAACCGCUCCGUCACCUACGUCCCUGGACUCUACAAGAUCUUCGACGAGAUCCUCGUCAACGCCGCCGACAACAAGCAGCGGGAUCCCAAGAUGGACGCGCUCCGCGUCGAGAUCGACGUCGACGGCUGCUCCAUCUCCGUAUACAACAACGGCGACGGGAUACCCGUCGAGGUCCACCAGGAGGAGGGCGUCUACGUGCCAGAGAUGAUUUUCGGCCACCUCCUCACCAGUAGCAACUACAACGACAACGAGAAGAAGACAACCGGCGGGAGGAACGGAUACGGCGCCAAACUCACUAACAUCUUCUCCACGGAGUUCGUCAUCGAGACCGCUGAUGGACGUCGCCAAAAGAAGUACAAGCAGGUUUUCUCUGAAAACAUGGGGAAGAAGUCAGAGCCCCAGAUUACCAAGUGCAAGCAGGGCGAGAACUGGACCAGGGUCACCUUCAAGCCUGAUCUUGCCAAGUUCAACAUGAUCCAUCUCGAAGAUGAUGUUGUAGCCCUCAUGAGGAAGAGAGUGGUUGAUAUGGCAGGCACUCUUGGCAAAACAGUGAAGGUUGAGUUGGAUGGGCACAGGGUGCCCAUAAAGAGCUUCUGUGAUUAUGUCGACCUGUAUAUGAAGAGUGCUAACUGUGACAGACCUGAUAAUUUCAAAAAGAUUUAUGAGCAAGUAAAUGAUCGGUGGGAAGUGUGUGUUAGUCAAAGCGAAGGGCAGUUUCAGCAGGUCAGCUUUGUCAACAGAAUUGCCACCAUAAGGGGUGGAACUCAUGUUGAUUAUGUCACCAAUCAAAUUGCCACCCAUGUGAUGGCUUUUGUGAAUAAGAAAAACAAGAAUGCAAACAUGAAGCUACACAAUGUGAAGAGCCAUUUGUGGGUCUUUGUCAAUGCGCUGAUUGACAAUCCGGCCUUUGAUUCACAGACCAAGGAGACCUUGACCACUCGUCAGGGAAGCUUUGGGUCAAAGUGUGAGCUUUCUAGUGAUUUCCUCAAGAAAGUUGAGAAAUCUAGUGUAAUCGAUAAUGUCCUCUCUUGGGCUGAUUUCAAACUUAGCAAAGAAUUAAAGAAGACUGAUGGAAGCAAGAAGUCAAGAAUUUCUGGCAUCCCUAAGCUUGAGGAUGCAAAUGAAGCUGGUGGGAAGGACUCUCACAAGUGCACCUUGAUUCUGACUGAGGGUGACUCUGCAAAAGCUCUUGCUAUGUCGGGCAUAGCUGUUGUAGGGAGAGAUUACUAUGGUGUAUUUCCUCUCAGGGGAAAACUAUUGAAUGUCAGAGAGGCAAACCACAAGCAGAUAAUGGACAACGCUGAAAUUCAGAACAUAAAGCAAAUCCUUGGUUUGCAGCAUGGAAAGCAGUAUGAUAGCACCAAAGGUUUGAGAUACGGCCAUCUCAUGAUAAUGACAGAUCAGGAUCACGAUGGUUCCCACAUCAAAGGGUUGCUGAUCAAUUUCAUUCACUCAUUCUGGCCAUCACUUCUUAAAGUUCCAUCUUUCUUGGUUGAGUUCAUUACUCCAAUUAUCAAGGCAACCAGAGGCCAAACUACUAAGUCAUUCUACACGUUGCCAGAGUAUGAAGAAUGGAGAAAUAAUUUAGGAGCAAGUGCAAGUUCAUGGACUAUAAAAUACUACAAGGGGUUAGGAACAAGCACAGCCAAAGAAGGCCGAAAGUACUUCGAAGAUAUUACUGAACAUAAAAAAGAUUUUCUCUGGGUAGAUGACCAAGAUGGCAAUCAUAUUGAAUUAGCAUUCAGCAAGAAACGGAUUGCUGAUAGGAAACAGUGGCUUACAAAUUUUCAGCCUGGGACAUACAUUGACCAACGUGACAAACAUGUCAAGUAUAGCGAUUUCAUCAACAAAGAGCUGAUACUCUUCUCAAUGGCAGACCUGCAGCGAUCAAUACCUUCAAUGGUUGACGGCCUUAAACCAGGCCAGAGGAAAAUUCUGUUUUGCUCAUUCAAGAGGAAUUUUGUUAAGGAAGCUAAGGUGGCUCAGUUCUCUGGUUAUGUGUCAGAACACUCAGCAUACCAUCAUGGUGAGCAGAGUUUAGCAGGUACAAUUAUUGGAAUGGCUCAGAACUUUGUUGGCAGCAAUAACAUCAACCUUAUGUACCCUAGUGGUCAGUUUGGCACCAGAGCUCAGGGGGGCAAGGAUGCUGCGAGUCCUAGGUACAUCUUCACCAAGCUGUCUCAUAUCACACGUUCAAUUUUUCCGAAGGAUGAUGAUAUUCUUCUUAAUUAUCUGAAUGAGGAUGGGCAGUCAAUUGAACCCACCUGGUAUAUGCCAAUCCUUCCUAUGGUCUUGGUCAAUGGUAGUGAAGGAAUUGGAACUGGAUGGAGCACAUAUAUUCCAAACUACAAUCCAAGAGACAUUCUUGCUAACCUCAGGCGAUUGCUGAAUGGAGAGUCUACUGUACCAAUGCACCCAUGGUACAGGGGAUUUAAGGGCUCUAUAGAGAAGACAGUCAAUACAAAGGUAGCUGGUUCCACAUAUACUGUCACUGGAAUCAUUGAGGUUCUUGACAACACUACACUGAGGAUCACUGAAUUGCCAAUCCGCCGUUGGACUCAGGAUUACAAAGAUUAUCUUGAGAGUUUGGCUCCAGAUACUAAGAACAAGGACAAAGUACCAUUCAUAGAGGAUGUCACAUGUCAAGGUGAUAAUGAAGAUGUUUACAUUCAGUUCACAUUAAGUGAGAAAAAUAUGAAUAUAGCUAUGGAAGAAGGACUAGUGAAGAAGUUUAAGCUGACAACAACAAUUGGGACAUCAAAUAUGCACUUGUUUGAUUCAGAUGGUAAAAUUCGGAAGUAUGACACUCCCGAGCAAAUACUUGAGGAGUUCUGUCAUUUAAGGCUUGAAUUCUAUUGUAAGAGAAAGGAAGCAUUGUUGAAAAGCAUCAAGUUGGACUUAAAGAAGCUUGAAAACAAAGUUAGGUUUAUCCGCUGUGUUGUUGAUAAUGAAAUUAUAGUUAACAACCGGAAAAGGGCAGAUCUAUUUUUGGAGCUUCGGCAGAAGAAUUUUGAUCCUUUCCCAAAGAAAAAAAAGAGGGCUGAACCAGCUGCUGUAGGUGCUUUAGAAGAGGAGGAAAAUGAAGAGAGUCCUGAAGCUGCUGGAGCGGAACCUAGUGACUAUGAGUAUCUCCUCUCAAUGUCAAUUGGUACGUUGACUUUGGAAAAGAUACAGGAGCUUAAUGCUGAGAAACAAAAAUUAGUGGAUGAUGUUGAGGAAUUGGAGAAUAUGUCACCAAAAUCACUAUGGUUGAAAGAUCUUGAUGCUUUUGAGAAAGAACUGGAUGUGCUUGAUCAAAUGGAUCUAGCAGAGGAACUGCAAAGGGAAAAGAGGAUAAAUGCUGGCAAAAAAGGAGGAUCAAAAGCUGCACCCAAGAAACCACGUAAAAAGGCUGCAUCUAAAAAGCUGGAUAGCGAUACAGAAGAUGAUGAUUUUGAACCAGCGGUUGCAAAGCGUGGAGCUCAACCGAAGAAAACAUCCAGCAAGGCAAAUGAUUCUGCGUCUGAAGAUGGAGAUUAUGUGGCUGCUGAAAAUCAAAAGAAACAAUCCAAGAAAGCAAGUGCCCAUGUGGACGAAGAAGUUGACAUGCCUUCGUUAAAAGACCGUCUGGCUGCUUUUAAUAUCAGCGACUCCUCUCCGGAUCAUUCUGCCAUGGAAACUGAAGUAACAGAAUUGACAGAACAGCAGAAUGAAAACAAAGCGACAGAGGGAGCAAGCAAAAGAGGCGGACGAAAGAAGGCGUCAUCAUCCUUGGCGACGAUACCAUCUGAUGUUGAUGAGGAAGUCCUAGAGGUCCAAGCUCAGAAGAAAGGUAGAGGAAGGAAGCCUGCUGCCGUUGUGAAGCCCAAGGCUCCUGCCGCCGCCAGGAAAAGGGCGCCGGCUCAGGGCAAGGUAACACAGAAGAAAAUAGAUGAGAUGCUCAAGGCCACUGAGGAUAACAACACCAGUGCAUCUUCCCCUGAGAAGAAGGUCCGGAAGAUGAGGUCCUCUCCCUUCAACAAGAAGAGCGGCUCAAUCUUACAGAGAGGCUCGACCGCUUCUGCAAGCUCUGGAACAACUGUUGAAGCUUCACCACCCUCUGGCAGCUCUGCAGAGCCAGUUGGUGCUGCACAACCUAGAAGGACAGCCAGGGCUACCAAGAAGCCUAUCUAUAUUAGCGAUAGCGACCCUGAGGAUGAAGUGGAGUUGAUUGAUGAUUCGGACUUUGAUGCGGACGGUGACUCUGACGAGUGAAGAUUGUAGUCAUCCGUACUUUGGCUGCAACAAUAUCCAGUUUGUGUCGUUGCAUGUGACAAUUUGAUAAUGCAUUUCUUGUGCGUUGUAUGUGUUCGUUGCGUUGUUCAGAACUGUUGCCAAGAGCUCAAGACAACCUGGUUAACUGGUUAACUGAAUUGUAUGUCUAAUUUUGG